AGAGAGAAGUCCUGUCGCGGCCACGAUUCAUCGCAUCUCGAAACUCCGUGAUACGGCCACGCCACCGGUAGAAGAGUUGAGAGAAUCCGAUUGGUUGGUUAAUACCAACGGUGGGAUCAGGAAGGUACCCAUUGGUUCGAAUAGAAUGUUCGGGCGCGGCGCCAUGUUGCAUAGAGUGGGGUGUAUUUGAACAAGACUCGGCGACUCAAGAGUAGCGGAGAACACUCGCUAACCGGCCUCCAUCCACACGGCACACAGAGGUAGAAUAGUGUAGAGGUGAGGUGGCUCCAAACAGGCCCCGUUCAAACAACCGAGCGCGCUUCUACGCGACAAACGGUGCUGGUGUCGCCGCCACCAUCGUUGUCGUCGUCGACGUCGUCGACGUCGUUGUCGUCGUGUCGUUGUUGUUGUUGUUGUUGUUGUUGUCGUCCUCGUCGUCGUCGUCAUCGUCGUUGUCGGCGACAUUCGCGAAAGUGCCGUGGCCUCUUCUCUAACUACGAUCAUCGUGUCAUUUGUUGGAACAACAAUUAUACUACUCCAACAUACCACCGAGGAAGACAGGGCAGCGUGCGCGCGUGAACACAACUUACGUGUCAUCGAGUGUCGUCCUUCGUGCCGGCCCGACGGACGUCGUGCAUGCAUUGUUUCGCUUAAGGAGAACACAGUGCACGUAUAGGGAAUAAAUAUCGGUCGUGAAUGAAGGUCGAUCAUUAGUUUUUGGAAUUUCUCACUGAAACUACGGUGAACUGUAUAAUAGGAGGCGUGUGAGGACACGAGGAUAGGAUCCUAGUGUUGAUAAGCAAAUUUUGUGAAUUGUUGAGUGUAAUAUUAAGGAAUAAGGACAAAGAGAAAAAGAUAGGGAUAACGACGGAGAUAGAGAUAUAGAAAGAGAUUCAAAUCGAAAAGAACAGAGUGAAGGUGUCGCGUGAUCGAGAUACUUCAAGGAAGAACCCUUAUCGUUACCGUGAUUCAGUGAGACGUGAGGAUUAAAGUGAAGGAAGUACGGGCGGAUAUAAGAUUAAGGGGUCACCGGAUUAUCAGCAGUCGUGGUACCGUGGCUUUCAUGAUUCCCGCUUGACGUCUCGACAGCAGCCCACCCCGGCACCGGUGAGCUCUAUGACCAUGCUCCAGUCGCAAAAGCUGUACAGCGAGGCUGGAAGUCUCGGUGGUGCCAUGACCAGCGCCGCGAUGUCCAGUAUGGGCAGCAUGGCACCCACGUACAGCUCGAUAAAUUCGAUGGGUUGCGUGUCUAUGGGGAUGUCGAUGGGCGUUGGAGUCGGCCCGAGUUGCAGUCCUCAGGGAGCCGGUGGAUUCAAUAUGAGCACGAUGAGCUCGGCAAUGGGGAUGGCUUCGAUGGGUGGUGGUGGCAUGGGUGGUUAUGGAGGUACAUCGAUGGGCGGUGGUGGCGCUUGCAUGAGCGCCGUGGGUUAUGGUCCGUUAACGCCAGGCGGUGGUACCGCUGUAACCAGAGAUCCUUUGUCGUUAACCGAACCAGAUUCUCCGAAUUCUGCCCUUCAACGUGCACGUACCGACAAAUCUUAUCGGCGAAGUUACACGCACGCAAAACCGCCUUACUCCUAUAUUAGUUUGAUCACGAUGGCGAUACAAAACGCGCCAACCAAAAUGCUCACACUUUCGGAGAUUUAUCAAUUCAUUAUGGAUCUAUUCCCGUUUUAUCGGCAGAAUCAGCAACGAUGGCAAAAUUCGAUAAGACAUUCUCUUAGUUUCAAUGAUUGCUUCGUUAAAGUACCGCGAACACCUGAUAAACCGGGUAAAGGUUCCUUUUGGACGCUGCACCCGGAGAGCGGUAAUAUGUUCGAAAAUGGUUGUUAUUUGCGUCGUCAAAAGAGGUUCAAAGACGAAAAGAAAGAAUUGACGAGGCAGAAUAACAAACAUCAACAGCACCAACAGCAUCACUCGGGUGCUGCGGCCGCGGCUGCUGCCGCCGCUGCUGCUGCAGCAGCCGCCGCCGCUGGUCAUAAUAGUCCGAAUUCUCAUGAUCUCGGUCAUGGCGGUAAGAAGACACCCUCGUCCCUUCAUCAUGCUCCUCAGCAACAGGACGACAAAGACCUUCACUCUUUGGUCUCGACUCAUCAUCAUCAUCACUCGGCUGGGCUUCAUCAGCAUCAUGCUGCUCUUAAAAGUGACACCACCGAUAUCGGUGGAUUGUUAGGACCAGAUCUCGGUACGGCACAUGACGAACUAACUGCCAUGGUCAGUCGUACACUUCAUCCUCACUUGCUAUCCGAUCCGGCGGCUCUUCAUCAUGGUAUGGCAGGGAGCCUAAAACAAGAGCCACCUUAUACGGCUGCCAGUCAUCCAUUUAGCAUUACCAGGUUAUUACCUGGCGCAACGGCAGGUACGUCGCCAGGUGCCCAAGAUACGAAACCACCGGAAAUGAAAAUGUAUGAACAGCUUCAUCAGAGCUACGCGAAUUUCGGCUCGCCUCAUCACCCCCACGCACAUUCUGCCCCGCCGAGUCAUCAUCAUCAUAAUGGAAUGCACGCUGGCUCGAAUACCGCUGGAGGACCCAUGCACAAUAUGAGUAAUCAUCAUCAUCAAGAAUAUUAUCAGAGUCCUUUGUACCAUCACGCGACAAGCGUGGCUACCAGCAGUGCGCCUCCUCCUCCGUCGGUCGCCACAGCGGCUCCAGGAUUGUGACAUCACGCUACUCACCCCUACGCCUUGGCUUGAGUCGCUGCCGUUGCGGUCUAUGCCGCUUCCGCUGCUUCCGUUGCCGGUGUUACCGUCGCAAAUUCGAAUCAUCAUUCUCCGACGACGAUCGACGACGUUCUUCCUUCACCGC